AUGGCAUCAUCAUCAUCAUCAUCAUCAUCAAAAUAUUCGAUAUCUAAAAGUCAUCCAUCUAGUUUUAGUUAUGAUGUUUUUCUAAGUUUCCGAGGUGAAGAUACUCGCAAAACAUUCACUGACCAUCUCUAUAGAGGCUUGAGGCAAGCUGGAAUCCGCACAUUUCGGGAUGAUGAUGGGAUGGAGAGAGGGAAGUUGUUGAAACCGGAGCUAGAGAAAGCCAUCCACGAGUCUCAAGUUUCACUCAUUGUUUUCUCAAAAAACUAUGCAACCUCAAAAUGGUGUCUUGACGAGGUUUUGAUGAUCAUGGAAGAAUUUGAUCGGAGGUCUUCCGCUAAGCGUCAAGUAGUACCCGUGUUCUAUAACAUCGACCCGACUGAUGUUCGAAAUCAAACUGGUUGCUUUGAACAAGCAUUCAAGGGUUAUGAAGAUGAAGUAACAAGGGAAAAGGAUGCUCAAAGGAAGAUGAAGUUGUCGGAGAAGGUGAAAGCAUGGAGGGGUUCUCUUACAAAGGCCGGAUCCCUCACAGGAAUGGUACAUGGGGAAGAUGGGUAUGAGGCUGAAUUCAUAAGCGACAUCGUCAAUGACAUAAGAAAGAAGGUGGACUACAAUGCUCUUUAUAUUAAAGACAAACUCGUGGGAAUGAAGGAAAACGUUGCUGAGAUUGAAUCAUGGUUGCAAGACCCGUCACCUAAUUCCACAAUCCUUCUCAUUGAUGGAAUAGGAGGCAUAGGAAAAACGACCAUAGCCAAAUUAAUAUUUAACAUGAACUAUCGUGAGUUUGAUGGUUGUUGCUUUCUCAGGAAUAUUAGGAAGAUAUCAAAUCAACAGAAUGGACUACUUCGCUUACAACGUCAGCUUCUUUCAUCAAUUUUCAAGAGCCAACAGAAAGAGACUAUUUGGAAUGAGGAUGAGGGAACGACUAAGAUUAUUAAUGCAAUAAACAAGAAAAAAGUACUUCUUGUCCUUGAUGAUGUUUCCACACCAUCACAGUUAGAAUCGUUAUUAGGACCACAAACGUUUUAUUCUGGAAGUAAAGUGAUUAUAACAACGAGGCAGAAGUCGUUAGCAACUGCUUUCAUAAUUCCUCCUAAGAUCAAAACAAUCCAAAAUCUAUCCAAGAAUGACUCCUUCGAGCUCUUUAGUCUACACGCCUUUCCUCAAAAUCAGCCGUACGAUGGUCGAUUAGAACAAACAAGACAAGUAAUUCGUCACUGUGAGAAUCUUCCUUUAGCUCUUGAAGUGUUGGGUACAUAUCUACGUGGAAAAAACAAUUCUCAAUGGGAAGAAACCAUAUCCAAGUUAGACAAUUCUCCUCUUCAUGGGAUUCAAAAAGUUGUACAGCUGACCUAUGAUUCUUCUCUGGAAGAUAAUGAAAAAUUCGUGUUCCAACAAAUUGCUCGUUUUUUUGUGGGGAAGGAUGAAGAUUUCAUUGUCAAGGUAUUAAGUGAAUGCAAGCAAUACCCUACUACUAAAAUCAAUAAAGGGGAUUUGUUAAGUGCUGAUGUGAGGUGUGGCAAUCUAUUGCAUUCAGGAAAUAAAUCUUUAGAUGUAGAUGGAGUUUGUAGAAAAGUAAAGACAUAUUGGGCGAACCUUAUUAGUGAAGAUGAUGUGUCUGAUUACUUCGAAGACGAAGUUGAUGAUAUAACAAGACUGAAGGAUAAAGUGUCUGAUUACUUCGAAGACGAAGUUGAUGAUAUUAAAAGAUUGAAGGAUAAAGUGUCUGAUUACUUCGAAGACGAAGUUGAUGAUAUAACAAGACUGAAGGAUAAAGUGUCUGAUUACUUCGAAGACGAAGUUGAUGAUAUAAGAGGACUGAAGGAUAAAGUGUCUGCUUACUUCGAAGACGAAGUUGAUGAUAUAACAAGACUGAAGGAUAAAGUGUCUGCUUACUUCGAGGACGAAGUUGAUGAUAUAACAAGACUAAAGGAUAAAGUGUCUUCUUGCUUCGAAGACGAAGUUGAUGAUAUAAGAAGAUUGAGGGAUAAAGCAUCUGAUUACUUCGCAGGCGAUGGUAAAUUCUGGAAGAUGUUCUGA